GCUGGUUGGAGGAAAGCAGAAUAUAUCCUCUGAUGAGGUGCUACUGGAUUCGGGCCCUCGACCGUCUACCACGCAUUGCUAAACCUACAUGCUGUGCCGGUCUCAGCUCGUAGCUCUGUAGCCAGUGCACUCCCGGCUGGUCCGACCUGUUAGCAACACCUAGGGCGUCCUCGGAUUUUCCUCACAACCAUGGACGACUACCUGGAUAGUCCCAUGGACGCGGACGAUAUCUUCCCCUGCAAGGGGUGCGGCGAGAUCUUGGAGGAGGGGAAAGCCUUUGAACUCGGUAUGUUCGGGUCGCAUGUCAUAACCCGAUGCUUCUGUCGCGAGGGUCGUCAUAUCGAUGUCGAGGACUAACCCGAGAUCCCCUAGCCGGUAAUCGAUGGCAUCUUGACUGCUUCCGCUGCAACACCUGCAACACAUUGCUCGAUUCGGACGCGAACCUUCUCCUGCUAGGUGACGGCUCGCUCAUCUGCAACAACUGCACCUACAGCUGUAGCGCCUGCGGGAACAAGAUUGAGGACCUCGCCAUAUUGACAGGCGACCAGGCCUUCUGCGCGACCUGCUUUCGUUGUAGGAACUGCAAGAGGAAGAUUGAGAACUUGCGCUAUGCCAGGACGUCGCACGGCAUCUUUUGCAUGAACUGCCACGAGUCGCUGAUGGCGAGGCGGCGCAAGAAAUCCAAGGCGGCUGCGCAAGCGAAACGGGAGAAGGAUGCGUCACCGUUGAUCACAGACAAAUCCUUGCCCGCCUUACCGCCCAACGCCGUCCCCCCCGGUGCCUUCUCACACGACCGCGUGACUCCCGAUUCCGACGCGCCGACAGAGCUGUCCCCGCGCCCCCGUACCGCGUAUGGGGUAAACGAGCCCUCCUCACGAGCCGGCUCAAGACCUGAUCGUUCCCCCGAGCGGUCGCAGGACCCGGCGAAAGACUCUGGCCUCGCACCGUCCGCCUCCACGUACAGGCACAACCGAAGCUCGGCCAUCUUCUCGGCUAACAUGGACAAUGGAGACUCGGACGGAGGCUUCUACAUCCCCGUGGCGCUUGACCCCAGUCCCGCACCGGCACUGACUCCACAGUCCAUAUCGGAUGCCUACGCCGAGUCCAGCAGCAGGAGGGCCAAGGAUAGGGACCACUCCACGCCGAAGCCGCCGUCGGCGGAGAAGAGGUCUGAUUCGCAGGCAUCGACCCCUCACAUCGCGUUCCAGGAAAAGCCCAGACAGCCGUCCUCGGAUUACGAGGCACCUCAGCAGGAGCGGCCGGCUCGGAUGCUCUCAAAGAGGAACGGAAACCCCAGGGCUUCGCCCGGUGCCGAGGAAGGAAGGGCCUCUAGUACCAAGUCACAGCCCAGCGAGGAGUUCAAGCUGCAAGACGCCCCGAAGAAUAAGAGGCUGGCUAACUCCAGAAGCAACUCCUUAACCAGCAAUUCGGUGGACGCGCCUGCCCCCGCCAAGGCACCUCCGGCCCCUCCUCGUAACAGAGAGGCCCAGGCCAACGCUGCAAAUAUCGGGUCUCCCCGUCAAUCUGGGGCAGCAGAUAAGGGCACCCCGUCGAGACCUUCGCAGGAUUCUCGACGAAGGGAGGAUGACACCGCCCGUCCCAAUGUUGACUCUUCAGCCUCCGAUCGGCCCGAGGCGCUCUCCCCGCCUCCAAUCCCCAGGAAAGAGGUCCCUCAGAGCCAGUCUCGAAGCGCGAACGGCAAUGAAUCCAUUCCACCGCCGCGUGGAGCAAUACCCGAGACAAAACCGGGCGACUCGUACAUGCAGCCCAGGGCGCCGCCACAGCCUCCCUCUCAGCCCGCCAAGGAACCCACAACUUCUGGCAACGAGACUUCGGAAUAUAAACUGUCGCCCAAGCUGCCUCGCUGGAGCUCGGGGGGAGAGUUUACCAUGGACGAGGAUUUGGCCAGGAUACUAGGCACCGACGAAGGGUCGUCAUCGAUACUUCGGCGUGUAUCGAACGCUGUCCGGCAUGGGAGAAACAACAGCACCGAAACGAUCAGCAAUAACAACAAUAACAACAGUAGUAAUAAUAGCAGCAACAGCAGUAGCGGCAGUGGCAGCAACAACAACCGGCGAGGCCACAGCAGGAGUGUGAGCGAAACGACCAGGGGAACUACAUCACCAGGAUGGCCGAAGACGCCGAUCGCCGAAAAUCCGGAUGGCUCUCACGAGGUCUCCAGCCCCGCCUCCGUGGCCGCUGCCGGACAGGAUGACCCUGUGCUCUUGAAACGGCAGCUGAAGAGCUCAGAGCAGCGUGUGGCUGAGCUCGAGCGACAAUUCAACACGGAAAAGGACCUGAAGAAUCUGAACAAGAAGCUCGUCGAGAAGAGAAAGACGGUUUCGGUGUUGGACACUCAGACCGAAAUCAUGAUUCGGCAGAUUGAGGUGCUCGCUGGCUACGUGGAGCGGGCCAAGAAGACGAACGAACCGAUUGACACCCGCGAGCUGGAGGAAUCGGCGAUCAAGGAGUUUAUACAGAAGUUGGAGAAGGUCAAGCAGGAUAUGACAGCCGCCAUCGAGAAGCUUCACGCUGAGCGGGACGAGCUCUUGGAGCAGAAGGCACAGGCAAUCGCCGACCGAGAUCGGGCGCUGCUCGAGUUUGAGCAGCUUUCUUCCAAGAACGCUCAGCUGGCCGACAUGAACAAUGACCUGACACACCAGAUCCAGGAGCGGUUCAAGCAGCAAAUCAACAAUGGUGACCUGAAGGUGCCCUCCAACGGUCUCGGCAUCUACGGCCACACCAAAGGAGCCCCGUCGGCAUCGGUCAAUGAUGCAGCCAGCCUGCAGACAGGCACUACAAUGGUCGGCACCGACGUGGAUGAGCCGGUCCUGGAGGGGCCCACCGUGGUCAACAUUCGGAAGGGCCAGGUGAAGAAGUUCAACUGGAAGAAGGGCUCCAGCAAGGUUGCGCACAACAUCUCCAAGGGCAUCAACCGUGCCGCGGGCGCGUUCCAGCAGCAGGAGCAAGCCCGGUCGCAGCAGCACCAGGCCCUCUCGGGCGACAACAUCGGGAUUCCGUACAACAUGACGGUUGCCCAGACCGAACCGCCGACCACCAUGAACCCUCCUCCGAGCGGGCCCAACAAUCGGGCCGGGACAGAGAACACGCGGCAAGGGUUCGGUUUCUUCGGCAAGAAGCAGGCCAACAACAUGCCCAAGUCGACGGCAUCCACCGCCAAUGCCUCCCCCGCGCCCGUCCAGGCCGAGGCGCCCAGUACGCUAUUUGGCUCGGAGCUCGUUGAGCGGGCCGAAUAUGAGCGCCGCCAGAUCCCCAGCGUGGUGACGCGCUGCAUCGAGGAGGUGGAGCUGCGCGGUAUGGACAUUGAGGGCAUUUAUCGCAAGACGGGCGGCAACUCGCUGGUCAACUUGAUCCGGGAAGGAUUCGACAAGACUGAUGACUUUGAUAUCUCGGACCCGUCGCUGGACAUCACGGCCGUCACGAGCGUGCUGAAGCAGUAUUUCCGCAAACUACCCACGCCGCUGCUCACGUUUGAUGUGUAUGAUCGGGUUCUGGAAUCGAAUUCGAUACAGGAUGAGAAAGAGCGGUGCGCGCACCUGCGGAAGACGGUCAACAUGCUGCCGCAAAAACACCGUGACUGCCUCGAGUUUCUCAUGUUCCACCUUGCCCGCGUCGCUAGCAGGGAGCGCGAGAACUUGAUGUCCCCCAAGAACCUCGCCGUCGUCUUUGCGCCCACCAUCAUGCGCGACCACAGCCUUGAGAAGGAGAUGACCGACAUGCACGCUAAGAACAUAGCCGUGCAGUUCCUGAUCGAAAAUAGCCAUACCAUCUUUGGUGAUGACUGAUAUACGCCUUCUUCUUCUUUCCAACGGUAGGCUUCGAGAAGAAAGAUAAAGGUAGCAAAGACAAGACGGCUCGGUUGUUUGUUUUUCUUCUUUCUUCUUCCUUUUCUUCUUCUUCUUGUUCUUCUUUCUUUUCUCUCAAACGAGGAAUUGACGAAAAUUGGGAUGACUGGCGACGCAUUUGGGGAACUUGAGUUUUAUAUUUUCCCCGUUUUCUCUUUUGGUUGUGCUUGUUGACUAUGUGCAGUUGCUCUGCGAUGUGUAUAUACCUCCAGCCGUUCGAGCUAUCAGCUGUGCUGUUCUUUCUUGAAAGAGGCCCCCCCUUUUUUUGGCCUGUUGUGUUGUUCAUAUUGACACCCUAACGAGCAAAAUAUCCGAGUGUGCGAUUUGGACUGGUUAGCAAGGCAAUUGGAGGCAACGGGCCGAAUUUUUUGCCCCUUCUGUCUUAUAUCCCAUAUUACGUUUCU